GUUGUUUCUAUGGCGUCCACUUCAUCGAUGAACAAUUCGGUGUUACCGCUAACAGAUCCCCCGAGAGCAGGCGACGAGAGGCUCUUCAAAGGAUCUGGAAUGACCAAAAGAGGCGCCUACGCCGCCAUCUCUUACAUGUCUUGCGCUGGAUUAGUGAAUGCUUUGCAGAAUGAAAGUAUGAUUUAGCAAAUUAGGGCUCGCAAGAGAGGCGAAUGAAAAAUUGGGAAAAUUUUGUCCGACUUGUUAGUUGGACGGCUGGAAGAUGGCAUAGUUUUGAUAUAGUGCUGUUGGUAAUGUUCAACAAAGCAGCUCUUUCUACUUAUAGCUUCCCAUGUGCAGAUGUCAUCACUCUCUUCCAGAUGAUAUGCUCAUGUGCAUUUCUUUAUGCAUUAAGGCGCUGGAAACUUAUAUCUUUCAGUGGGGCUGAAUCAUUGACUAUUACUGAUAACUCUAUAACAUUUGUUCCAUUAAAGACAUUGAGACGCACCCUACCUCUUUCGCUGACCUAUUUGCUUUAUAUGCUAGUGGUCAUGGAGUCUGUCCGAGGAGUAAAUGUACCCAUGUAUACCACCCUUAGAAGGACAACUGUGGUAUUCACAAUGAUUGUUGAGUAUAUUCUGUCAGGGCAGAAGUACACCGCUCCAGUUGUUGGAAGUGUGGCAUUGAUUGUUGUUGGUGCAUUUAUUGCUGGGGCCCGCGACCUAUCAUUUGAUUCCUAUGGCUAUGCUAUUCUCUUUUUGGCCAACAUCAGUACUGCUGUAUAUCUCGCAACCAUAGCACGCAUUGGUAAAUCUAGUGGCCUCAAUAGCUUUGGCCUUAUGUGGUGCAAUGGAAUAAUAUGUGGGCCAAUCGUACUGUUCUGGGCAUAUUUUCGUGGUGACUUGGACAUGACAUUGAAUUUCCCAUACCUGUUUUCACCUGGAUUUCUGGUUGUGUUGCUUCUGUCCUGCAUACUGGCUUUCUUCUUGAACUACAGCAUAUUUCUAAACACGACUCUCAAUUCAGCACUGACACAGACAAUUUGUGGCAAUUUGAAGGAUAUUUUCACCAUUGGACUUGGCUGGAUGCUGUUCGGUGGGCUUCCAUUUGAUUUUUUGAAUGUUGUCGGGCAAUUGCUUGGCUUUAUUGGAUCAGGCUUGUAUGCUUACUAUAAGCUCAUAGGGAAGUAGCUGCGCAGGCUGCUUGAGUGCUAGUCUUUCAUGCAGCGGAGGUAAUAAGCUGCUGGCUUCAUUUGGAAUUCACAUAUUUGAUUCAAUGGACAAUGUUUCUGAGGAAAAAAUGGCGGGGGUCUGAAGACUAGUAUUUAUGAUUAGGCAGAAGUUUUGAUCCUAAUUUUUUGAGGCACUCAAGUGAAGCUUUGCUUGGGCUUAAACCUGAUGGCUGAGUGUUAGUUGCAGAGUAGGAGGCAUUUAACCACAUAAUGUUAUCAAUGUAAUGUUUCCAUUUUUUGUGCUUUAGAUGUUGUACUUUUGUGACCAAUACUGUUUAUAUUCUGAUGGCAACGACAUUAAGUUAUUGCA